UAUGAAACAGCCUCGCUUUAGGACCACGCGUCCGGCGUCCUACUAAACUCUUCUUUACAGCUGUGGGGUUGCACUCGAGUGUAUUUUAAACUAAGUUCCUGUCUCUGUUUAAGCCUACAAAUUGUUGAAGCAGAGUCACUGAGGAAGGAGUUAGAAUAUUUAUCCAGCUUUUCCUUCCAUAAGCGAAUGAAAGGAUCGUGAGGACGCUCGUUUCACCCGCGGCUGGGAGCGACACCUGCCUCAGUUCUGCUCUCAUCCUCCACACUUGGACCACCCUUCCAGGGGAAGUGUAUGUUUGUGAAUAUUCGAGAGGAUCAUUUACAGCUAUGUGUGCCAGUGGGCAGCCUCUGUGCUCAGGAAGCAGGCGUUCACCCGCCAGUCAGGAGGGCAGUAGUUCAGGCUCCCAGUAUGCUCUCUGUGCUCUGGGGGUGGGCUUGGUGGCUCUUGGUGUUGUCAUGAUCGUGUGGAGCAUAGUCCCUUCUGAUGGGACACAGGUGCACAAUUCUACAACCACGAACAAUGGAAUUGCCAGUGGUGAUUUAGGAAAGACAUCGUCUGUUGCAUUUGUGCUGGUUGGAGCUGGUUUUGUCAUGUUGCUCCUUUCCGUAUGUCUCGGGGUGAGGAACAGGAAGCGGACGAGACUCAGGGAAGCUGCAGUUGCACGCCGUGCUGAUUAUGUGGAUAAUGUCCAUAGAGAUCAGGAGGAUGAAUCAAGUGAACCCAUACCCAACUUUGACGUCCCCACCUAUGAGGAGGCGGUCACCAGCGGACGGUACCCUGUCCGACAGAGCAACUUGCAACAGAGUUACAAGUUACCCUCGUACGAAGAUCUGAUCGGUGCCGUUGAAAAUGAAGGCCAGCAACCGAAAGAAGGUAAUGGCCAAGAGGCCCCUCAGCUGACUCCUGACCCCGGACCCCAGCCUGCGGCGCCCACCCGCACCGGAAGCAGGGCCAGCCGCCUCCUCAGACCUCUCCGAGUGCGCAGGAUCAAGUCAGAGAAGCUCCACGUCAAGGAUAUUCGUUUGGAUAUCCAAAAGCCUGGACAGGACAGGGUGGUCAUUGAACCACUGACCCCACCACCACAAUAUGAGGACAAGCCCCCUCAACUACCCACAGAAGCAGUGUAAUCCUUCAAUCACUGGAUUUUGCAUCUGUGGGUUGCUUGGGAAAUGUUGACUCUUCUGUGCAAAAGCAGAAAGUUUCAGUGAGAGUGAUAAAUAUAUCUCCAAACUUGCCAAUUUAUGAAAUAGGGUACAUUCAUGUUUGCUGUACAUUUUUUUUCUUGGACAAAACACUAAAGCCUACUUGAAUGUGUUUUAAAAAAUCAGAACUAUCAAUAUUGUUGUUGUUUUUUUACUGUAUGAAGAGGGGAAUGAAUGCCACUGCAUGUUUCUUAAGAUAGAGAUUCACUGUUUACUUCCAAAGGACUAUACAAUGUACAUUGCAAAAAAAAAAAAAAUCAAACUAAACAAAUUAUUUUUAGAGAUUAUGAUUGAAAUGCCAAACGCUAGUUGCUGUUUUUUGGAAAAGUCUUUUUACAUGUUAUAGUAAAUCUGAAUGUUAUAGUUUUUCCAGUUAAAUGCAAAAAGAAUGUAUAUAAUAGAUGUAAUUCCAACUAAUCUGCUUAACUAAUUUAUUCAGGACCAUUAAUCAAAUUAGUUGUAUAAUAUUUUUUUUAGUAUGUUUUCAUUAACAAUGUGUCUGUUCCAUUUGCAAUUAACUUUGCCUCUUUUUAUCUAGAUAUAUAAUAUUAACUUUUUUUGUAUUGACUUUUUGAAUUAAAAUGCAGUUUCAAAUAUUUUUAAAACUCAUAGGAAAGUAUGCAACCUUGUUAUUUUAGAACAUAUUCUGCAUUCACAUGAAAUUAUAAAAAUUGGUAUUAAAAAAGGAAAGGUCUAGAUAACACAAAAAUGCACCUUUUUUUUAGGGAACUGUAAAUGUUAAUUUGGAAGAUUUGGCAUUCCAGCUGCAGUUCAACUGUACAAUAAGCCACAUUGCUGCAAAUGAACCGCUUUCAAUCAUAAAAAUGUUGUUGAUGUCCUUUUGUAUAUGAGCUAAACUGCACCUUUUAGCAAAUGCUUUUGUUUUUAUUUACAUCUUAGUUUGUUAUAAUUCAGUUGAAUUGAUGCUAUUAAUAUUUACUUGACCAUAGGAAUAAGAUUAUGGGUAAUUAAUCAAAUUAAUAUUUUAAAGCAGAAAAGCUCUGUAUUUUAUUUAUUUCUUGUGGGACUUAAUAAAAUUGUGUAAAUAUA